UCAUUCAAUAACCAUGUGUGCAGCAAUGUGUGGUCAGGAGUGUACGUAUUUUGGCGUCAAUUUGCACACAAAGAAAUGUAGAGUUUACUCGGGAUGUCCGUCAGGUAAUUUAACAGAAGUUCAAGUAGGAUGGAGAUACUACAGUCCGGAAUCUGAAGGGAAUAAACGUCCACUGAAUUGUAAAGCAUUGUUUGCUGAUGGUCAUACUUUGUCUAAUGUUUAUACUAUUCAUCCCUCUAACAAUCAAUGGUCAGUUAAUGUCCAGUGUGAUAUGAAUACCAAGGGCGGAGGUUGGACGGUAAUACAGAGGCGUGUUGACGGAUCAACCAGUUUCAACAGAACUUGGAAUGAGUACAAGGAGGGAUUUGGUUCUGUUAAUUUAUCUUAUUGGUAAGGAAAUGACGUCAUUCAUCUGUUAACCAAACACAAACCGUCUCUUUAUGUGUCCUUAACUCUGACAAAUGGAAAAACUCUGUACCAACAAUACG